CCCGCCUUCCCCCCGCCGACCCCCAGGCCCACCAGGAGGCGGCGCUGCCCGCAGCCGGGCCGGGGAGGCGAGGAUGGCGGGCCCGUUGGGGUGGAAGGCUGCGGCGUUCGUGCAGACGUACAAGAGGGGCCUGCUGGCGGCCGCCUGCGCGGGACUGUUCGCCGCCAACGUGUCCUACCACCUGCUUCCCGACCGGACUCUGAGGCCCAUCUACCAGUACUGGCCGCAGGGCCGGCCCGCCCGGCUCCCCGAGGCCCUGCGCGGCCGCUUCCAGGAGGUCCUGCGGGACGCGGGGCUGGAGGCGGCCGGGCGAGGGUACCGGGCGUUCGCCGCCUUCAGCUUCUUCCCGGUGAGCGCGGGUUUUCCCUGGCUGCCCGGCGGCGCCCUGGUGGGCAUCCCCGCCAGCUUCCAGAGCGCCCCCGAGCCGGACGGCCCGAGCCUGGUGGCCCGGGGCUUGACGGUGGACUGGAGGAGCCGGGAUGGUGCGGCUCUGAAGGACGCCCUGACUCUCUCCCCCGACGCCCAGAAGUUUGCCCUCGCCAGAGAGGUCCUGUCCGCGCAGGGCGGCCACGCGGCCCUGCGGGCCCUGCCCGCCCCGGUCUGCCUGGCGGGCACGUGCCUGGGGGCGGUGGCCGCGAAGCAGGCCCUGGGCCUCUACGCCGGCCCCCGGGUCCUGCGGGGCCUGUGCAACGUGGUGGUCUGGGCCCUGGGGUUCGUCGCCUAUUCGCUGUCCUGCGACGCGCUGACCCACUUCCUGGAGUACCGCCUGGACCGAAACACGGCCGCCAUCUCCGCCGGCUACGCCCGCGGCGGGCUGGAGUUUUACGACAAGAUCUUGGCCUGCAACCGGAGUCUCCGCAGCCUGAUGGGCAAGCGAGGGGAGGAACUCUACGCCCCCAGCGGGAACCUCUUCCCCCGCCACUGGUUCAGAAUUAAACACGCUCCCUACACCUCCAGGAGAGACCGGAUCAAGGGGACCCUCGGCACGGCCCCGGGCUCGGGGACCUGCUGACGGUACUUCGGGGUGCCGGAUCGAUCUGGCCCGGGGAGGGUAGAGUGGGGCUGACCGGCCGCCUCCCCUCCAUCCUCAACCCGGCUUUGGGUUCGGCCGCCUCAGGGCCUCGCCCGGGACACCGAACCUGGAAGGAGAUGUGGAAAACUCGAACGAGAGGACCGGGAAGAAUUAAUAACUGUGGCAUUUGU